AUGGCCAGAUCAGACAACCUGACGGGCGGCGGCAUCGCUUCCUGGAGCGUGCGCAGCCAGUGGAUGUUCUUUGCCGUUGCCAGUGGUGCCUGUGCCGCCUUCAACGGUGUAUUUGCCAAGCUAACAACAACCGAGCUGACGACGAAGCUGUCAAAUGCAAUCGCCAGCGGGCUUGGCCUCUCCUCAGCAGAGAGAAUCGUAGAGAUUGUCGUCCGAGGAGUCAGUAAACCCAAGUGUUCCCCAAGCCAAAGCGCUGCCAUGAGGAAAACAUUCCCUUGCUCACCAAAUCAAUCUCAGAUAUUCUUCGCACUUAACCUGACCUUCAACGGCGUCAUGUGGUCUCUCUUCACCACCGCCUUGGCUCGAGGCACAUCAACCACGCAAGUGUCCAUCAUGAACACCUCCACCAACUUCAUGCUCACUGCCUUCCUCGGCCUCAUCAUCUUCUCAGAGUCAUUGCCGCCAAUGUGGUGGGCAGGCGCAGCUCUGCUCGUGGCCGGGAAUGUCAUCAUCGGCCGCAAAGACGAGACAAAGGAUGCAGAUGGCGCCGCGGAAAAUGAAAUCCUAGUCCAGCAGGAAGAGGGUCAAUCGGAACAUGAGGAGGACGCCGCGCCUCCCGGUAUCUACAAAGAUGAGGCUGUAGAUGAAGAUAUCGUUGACUUGGGUGACAUGAACAACCAAGGCAGGUCGUGA